AUGUCUGAGAAUCUUAGUCUGCUGCAGGUGAACAUAUCCAAGUUACAACAUCUAACGACAACGUCGGGGCUCCGAACAUUCGACCAGGAGGUACCACUGCAGUGCUGGACAGACGAGCUAGGUCGCCUGCGGGUGGCUGCACAGCUGGUGUCCUUUUUGCAUAGCCAGAAUCUUCUUGGAACUCGUUCACGGCCCUCCAGUAUCGGGGGACAAAUUCAAACCCUUCUUCGGAAUAUUGACGACCUUGUUACCGAUCUCGAUGGCAUCGUUUCUGGUGAUGGCGAUGCUGAGAUAUUGCCACCGACUCAGGAUGAUCACGACGGACUAUAUUAUAUGACGGAGAUGCAAGAAAUCCAUCUCAGCCUGGCUCGCACAGUGUCCGACCUUUAUCAAUUGACGGCCGCUGGUCGGGUCUCUACUCAGCUUAUACCGCCGCCGCUGAGCAAUGCGUCUCCAGGGGGUGAACCUGAUGGCACAGUCGUCUUAGAUCAUAGGCCCGCUAUGCAGAAGAUAGACGAUGGCCAGGACGGUAAACGCCAAGGCAAACAAAGGACCCUGGCGGUGUAUGAAAGGCCUUUUGCGCAAAUAGGCAGGGCAGUUUUGGACUGGGUAAGGCAAGAGGCGGCAUCAUCACUGAGUUAUCUCCCUCGUUCAUCCGAUGCGCAGACAAGCGUUACAGACGGCCAGCCCAGAUGGGAACACCAACGUACACCCCACCGUGAAGAAACCGAAGGCUUUGGGAGAGUGCAAUUCACAGAACGCAAACCAGACCAGUUGGCGAAAAGUGCAAAGUCAAUCCAGGGAGACACUCAGACUACACAACUGGAUAUGGCCAUUAUGAGACAACGCGCGUAUCAACGAGAGAUAAACGUUGUGAGAGCUGAGAUGAUAGAACAGGGCAAGAGAAAGCGCCCAUCGCCGUCAGAACAGGCACGGGAUCCCUCGGUAGAAGACUUGAAGGCUCAACUGCAACGGCUUGUGGCACGCCUGAACGAGAUCGAAGAGGAAAUACAGACCUUGAGCAACGGAAUGGCGAGUUAG